AUGCCUGUUUCGCAGUCGCCAUCAAUAGCGCCCUUGCAACAACAAUCUGAUAGGCCUAGAAAACCUUCUAUGUCGCGCCAUAUGUCUUUCAAACGACAAAAACCGCACAAAAGACAGGGGUUUUCCACCGAUGACGACGUCAAGGAAGUUGAGGAGGAUAUAGCCAUCAAGCAGGCGAAUAACCCGCAAUCGUCCCCGAGAAUCCGUCCACUGCGCGCACAAAGCUCGACUUUGAGACGAAGAUUGAGUGCUCGACCUACCACACUGGCGCGAGCAGACUCCGACACUAAUCUCGCAGAUGAGUCGGGCUUACCGGGUCCUAGGUUGGGAGUCCAAGAAGAAGCAGAAUCGCCUUCGCAACCGGAUGGAGGCGACAACAGUAGUGACCAUGGUCAUGAUAUUGAUGAGGAUGAGGAUGCGACCAGCGAUGCGGAAAGCUUCACGCUCAAGGACCGCCAACAGGCGAUCAACGAAACACAUCCCUUUGGAAUUAGAAUAUGGAAGCCUGCAUUGUACAAAAAGAGUCGGUCGGUGGAGAAGACAGCAGAAGGCGAUAUUCACUCCUCGCCAGGAGGUCGAGUGAGCAUGAUGCUUUUCUUGACUAAUCUGCUAUGGUCGCUUUUCUUUGGAUGGUGGCUUGCUCUUGCCGUUCUUCUGGGCGCGGUGGCGUGCUUCGUUUUCGCAUACUCACCAAGUGCAGUGGCAUAUGGAAGGGUCUUCGUAGGCCUCUCGUGGUAUAUCCUCUAUCCAUUUGGGUCUUUCGUUCAGCUGGAGACUGAUGAACAUUAUGCUGAGGAAGAUGAAGGAGAAGGCCGCAGUAUCAGCGAGUAUGAACAAUGGCAGAACGGUGAUAUCGAGCAUGGAGGACUCUUCUUUGGCCCUCGCAGCAAUCGGUCCCUGGUUGGCAGGCGUAGGAAUAGUGUUGACUCCGCAGGUGAACAGGAUAGUCUCCUUGGCCGGCAGCAGAGAGGCCAUCAUCGAGAUCUCUCUUUAAGUCACCCCAAACGACGCUUGUUUGGCCGUGGAAAGUGGACUAUAGGCCGGGUCGUCUUCUAUGCGUUCUUCUAUUUCCUCAUCGGGCCUCUAAUGCUCCUGGUUUCCCUGGUCUGCUGGUUGCUCGUGUUCUGGAUCCCCAUGGCUCGUGUCACCACUGUCCUCCUAAACCAUCUUCGUCGACAUCCUCUUGCUCUGUCAUUCCAUUCUGAUGCAACAAGCACGCGGCCAAAUUCUGACUCGUCGUCUUCUUCUUCAUCUAUACUUUUAUGCACAUACCGUGCGGCCGGCUUAAGAUACUGGAAAUAUACUCUGGACGGCACAAACAUCUUCUUAAUCAACCUCCUCUGCGUGGUAUUAUUUGCAAUCUUUGAUUACUACUUCCUGAGUCAAACUCUGGGUCUGCAAUCUCCAUUGACGCAUCCAGGUCUGAUCUUCAUGCUUUCCCUCAUUUCCAUCAUCCCAUUGGCAUAUUUCAUCGGCCAGGCCGUGGCGUCGAUAUCUGCACAGUCAUCGAUGGGCUUGGGUGCGGCCAUAAAUGCUUUCUUCUCGACUAUAGUGGAAGUCUAUCUUUAUUGUGUCGCUUUGACCGAGGGUAAAUCCCAGCUUGUCGAAGGCAGUAUCAUCGGUAGUAUCUUCGCUGGCAUCCUAUUUCUCCCUGGGCUGUCCAUGUGCUUUGGCGCUAUUAAGCGCAAGACUCAACGAUUCAACGUGAAAUCUGCCGGAGUGACGUCUACUAUGUUGAUGUUCGCUGUAAUCGCUGCGUUUGGGCCUACGUUAUUCUACCAGAUAUAUGGCAGUCACGAAUUAAACUGUCGCUCUUGCAGCUCGGCCGCGGAAGCCGUUAGCAGUGAUUGCCGUCGUUGCUAUUUCUCUCAGAUCCCUGCCGUGAAUGAUAAGUUCUUCCGCAAGGCCGUUCAGCCCUAUUCAUGGUUUGCAGCAUUGUUUUUGUUCCUGUCCUAUGUGAUCGGUCUAUGGUUUACCCUAAGAACGCACGCUGCCCUCAUAUGGGCUACCGAAGCUGAAGAGAAAAAGGCUGUGGCUCUCGCUCAUGAUCCAGCUCCCUACGAACCGAGACACCUUUUGUUCCCCGAUGGACCACAAGCAUCUACCAGUGUGAAUCCCAAUGCGAAGACCUCCAUUCGUGAGUCCCAGUUAUACAAACGAAUUCUGGGACAGUCCUUAAAACAAGUUGGUCUGUCGGAUAUCAAUCCAGACGACGCGUUGGAACAAUCGAUAUCCAGCGCUGGUCAUGAUAAUAACAAGUCGCCGUAUCUCGUUCCUCCACGCCCAGAAUCGACAAGAUUGAAGAAUUUCAGCGGCCUUUCAAGCCAAGAUAAUGAGGAUCUCGUCCGCCAGGUCACAGAAGUCGCAGCUACGGCUGCAGCUGUCGCAGCUCGUGAUGCAGCUCGAGCGCGGAAGCCUUCAAUCCAGCAGCCUCCCUCGCGCCAAAGCAAUAAUAAGGACAAGGGGACCCCUGACCCAGUGAAAGCGAUUCUUGAGAACGAGGAUGUUGGGCUUGAACACGCACAUGCCAGCGGUGGUCAUGACGCGCCCAAUUGGAGUAGAACCAAGAGCUCCGUCGUGCUUCUUGGUGCCACGGUGCUCUAUGCAAUAAUCGCCGAGAUCCUAGUAAACACAGUAGAUGUGGUGUUGGAGAGUGUUGACAUUGAUGAGAAGUUCUUGGGUAUCACACUUUUUGCAUUGGUUCCCAACACCACAGAAUUCUUGAAUGCUAUCUCAUUUGCAAUGAAUGGCAACAUCGCAUUGUCCAUGGAGAUCGGUUCGGCCUAUGCACUACAAGUCUGCCUUCUACAGAUUCCUGCUUUAGUCUUAUUUAGCGCUUUCUACUGUCGUCUAAUCGACCCAGCCGAGCUCGUGAGCCAUUCAUUCAACCUUAUCUUCCCUCAGUGGGAUAUGAUCUGCGUCAUAUUAUGCGUCUUCCUUCUAUCCUACGUUCACGGAGAAGGAAAGAGCAACUACUUCAAGGGAUCGAUUCUCGUCCUCACGUACUUUGUUGUAGUCCUUGGUUUCUACCUAUCUGGAUAUAGUAACCUGGAGACCAUGGGCGUGGACCGGUUCGAUACACUAGCGCUCAGUGCUGACAGGACAGAGAAGUUUUAUACGAUAGGCCGGUCGAGUAGCGGAAACGCAUAUUGA